AUGUGCGAACCGCGGUACCGAGACUGGAUCCUGGAGACCAUCGACUCCCUGCGCUCGAGGAAAGCGCGCCCGGACCUGGAGCGGAUCUGCCGGAUGGUGCGCAGGAGACACGGCUCGGACCCGGAGCGCACACGGGCCGAGCUGGAGAAGCUGAUCCAGGAGCGGACGGUGCUCAGAGUCAACUACAAGGGCUCGGUGUCGUACCGGAACGCCGCCAGAGUGCAGCGGAAAUGCCGGCGCAGGACCGAGGCUUUCUGCGGCAGCGCGGAGAACAGUGACGCGCACAGUCCGGAGCGCCGGGACGAGCCCGAGACCUCGGAGACUCCGGCGCGCGGCUGCGGGGACGACAAGCGCCGCGAACAGGACCAGGAGGACCAGGAGGAGGAGAGUUUGGCGAGUUGCGACACCUUGAGUCCCGCAGACGCGUCGGACCUCGGUGACCGGCUGGUGGCCGCCGUGUGGAGCCUGAGCGCUCGGAACCGGGCUCACGCGCAGCCGCUCGGGAUCAAGGAGAUCCUGGGCUACCUGGCGCACGCGGACGGGGAGAAGCUGACCCGGCACCGCGUCAAAGCCGUGCUGGAGCGCGAGAUCGAGCGGGGUCGCCUGCGCAGGACGCGCCUCGGGCACAUCACCGUGCCCGCGAGGAGGAGGGGGGGCAACCCGGUGGGGGGCCCGACGAGGGGCCUGAGCGCGCCGCAGGACAGACGCCCCGCGGAGCUCGAGCUCGAGAAAGAAGAAAAAGAGGAGGAGCUGCCGGCGACCGGGAGCGAACAGGACGAGACGAUAAAAGUCGAACCCGAGGCUCCGUCACCAGUCCAAACCCAAAAUAUCCAACCUGAGACUGAAGCAGAGGUUAAAGGUCAGAUACCUGCCCCCGCUACGGCGGGUCCGGAGGUGAAGCAGACGGACGAGAACCAUCGACCGCCGCCGUCGCCUUCGUCACCGUCACGACCGGGAUCCGUCCAACAGGAGGCCGAGACGAGCGGUGCAGAACCGCGUCCAGUUGAGUUGGUGCUGCAGACAGAGUCGGUGGACACAGAAAAUUUAAUAGAGGAGCAGAGAGAUGCCACACCCGACCGAAUACACACACCCACGGAGGACCGAGCUGUGCUGCUCUCAGACGGUGUGAAGGUUCCAACGUUCGUUACCAUCAAGACCCAGUCGAGCUGUAAGGUAGAAGUGGGCGUGUCCUCGUGCCUCCUGACCCCGUCGGCGUCCCCGGGAGCAGCAGAGGAGCGAGGGAUGAACGGAGGAAUGUUCGUGAAGUCAGAGUCCAGCCUGGUGAGUCCGGUCGACUGGACGGUGGCCGACGUCGCCAGUUACUUCACGGCGGUCGGCUUCCCCGAGCAAGCGCUGGCCUUCAGGAUGCAGGAAAUCGACGGCAAGUCCCUCCUCCUGAUGCAGCGCAACGACGUCCUGACCGGCCUGUCCAUCAGGCUGGGCCCCGCCCUGAAGAUCUACGAGCGCCACGUCAAGGUCCUGCAGAGGAGCCACUUUCAGGACGACGAGGCGUUCUGCUGAGACACGCCCCACACACCUACACACUCCUUUUAUUCAUUAGACGUGUUCCCUUGUUUAAUCAGUGGUCUCCUUGGGGUAGCACUGUCGCCUCAUAGCCAGAAGGUCCUGUGUUCGAAUCCCAGGUGGACCGAGUUUCCUUUCACAAUCCAAAGAUGUCCCCCUAGGUGUGUGUGUGUCAUGUGACUGGCCACCUGUCCGGCAUGUUUCCCAUCGUUACAAGAGUGUUGCUCGACUGGGUGUCUCUGGUCACGUCUUUAUUUUUUGGAGACUGUCCUGUGGGUACUCGGGUUCCCGUCCGUCCCCCCUAAAUCAACGUGAAAUGCAAUGGAUGGCCGCCUCGUCCAGGGUGCGCCUGCUUUCCGAGAGUCGCCGGUUUCCGGGCGGUUGCAGACCCUUCUCGACCGGGUCCUGUCAGAGCUGGACCCAAACUUCAACCUGAACCAGGAUGGUUUUGUGUCCUGACCCUCUUCCAGAGGUUCACUCGUGUGGUCACCGUGGUACCGACUCUCUUCCAGCUCCGGCGUGGUUCAGGUUCAAGUAUCGAAUGGACAGUCGGACCCAGUGUCCAUUAGGAAACCCGAACCCUCGAGGUGCAUCCUGGUACGUUAAUAUGGGAAAUGCUGGAAACAAGCGAGACGUCCUCCUGUUUUUUGAAAGCCUGGCGUCUGGGAACGGAUCUCUCUCGGUCUUCCAGAGACGUCGGACGUUCAUAAAACGGAUUCUGGAUUCCAGAACCUUCCAGGGCUUUACAGAAGGCUCCAGAUCCCACAGUCUUCCGGAGGGUUCCGUUUGAGAGGAAUGGACUAAUAAAUGACUUGUUCACUUGAGCUUUAGCCUGACGUUUAGCCAAUCGGGAGCUGAGUUGGCUUAAGCGAACUGGCGUCAGCGGAAACUUGCUGGUCAGGCUGAGGGUCGGAGGUCUGAGUUGACGUCAUUGAUCUCUGGAUUUCAUUCUGGUUCACGUAUACGCUGGAAGUUUCCUUUCUGGUGCAACCCUCGCCGAGAGCGAGCGCACUGACAAGACAAGUGCACCUCCCGACGGCCGGGCUGUUUCGGUCGCCCCGUCCCUCGGAAAUUAGCCAGUCGUGUCCAGGAAGACCGACCGUGGACUAGUUGGACCAGUCAGAACUGCGGGGAUUCGCCUCCAAAUCCUUGGACGGGAGGACGGGGCUGGAGAGCUGACCUCGGAUACCGACCUCAGCCCAGUGUAGACGGACUGCAGGGCGUAGUCGGAAUUAACCCUCAUUCAUUUCAGUAAGGCACAACUACACAAGGGGGCGCGUUUUCAGAGUCAUUCUUGGUUUAUGGGCACAUUUGAUUCUUCCAGACGACGACUAAGCCGCUAACGGGACUAAAUCCCCACAGAAUAUUACAGAAUAAUAAAGGAAACAGAGGGGUUUCCUACCUCAAGUCCAAAGCUGGUGUGAACCCACUUCUAACGGGUCUUUCAACGAGGUUUGGGUGGAUUUUUUUAACAUUACCAAGAGUUCCUCGAACGGAGCGAUGUCUUAUUAACACUUUAUUAUGUAACAUAUGUUCAAUAAGAGCACACGACUGAACCGACUCUGUAAUACCGAUAAUAAACUAUAUACUUUUAUUAUUAAAA